AUGUCUGGCAACACGGCUUCGAGCGAGGUCAACAAGACCGCCCACGAGUUUGACAAGACCAACCUCGACUCCCUUCUUUCGCGCCGCUUCUUCUUCGCGCCCGCCUUCGAGAUCUACGGCGGUGUCGCCGGUCUCUACGACUAUGGACCGACCGGUUCGGCCCUCCAGGCCAACAUCCUUGACGCUUGGCGCAAGCACUACAUCAUCGAGGAGGACAUGCUCGAGCUUGACACGACGAUCAUGACUCUUUCCGAUGUCCUCAAGACCUCUGGCCACGUUGACAAGUUCGCUGACUGGAUGGUCAAGGACAAGGUCAACGGCGAGAUCUUCCGUGCGGACCACCUCGUCGAGGCUGUCCUCGAGGCCCGCCUGAAGGGUGACAAGGAGGCUCGCGGCAAGAAGGUCGAGGAGAAGGAGGAGACGGACGAGAAGAAGAAGAAGAAGAAAAAGAACGUCAAGUCGGAGGCCGUCAAGCUCGACGACAAGGUUGUCGAGGAGUUUGAGUACAUCCUCGCGCAGAUCGACAACUACACCGGCCCCCAGCUCGGCGAGCUCAUCAAGAAGUGGGACAUCCGCUCGCCCGCCAACAACGAGCUCUCGGAGCCUGUCGAGUUCAACCUCAUGUUCCAGUCCGACAUUGGUCCCACGGGCCAGAUCAAGGGCUACCUUCGCCCGGAGACUGCGCAGGGCCACUUUGUCAACUUUGCGCGCCUGCUCGAGUUCAACAACGGCAAGGUUCCGUUUGCGUCUGCGCAGAUCGGCAAGUCGUUCCGUAACGAGAUUGCGCCGCGCCAGGGUCUCCUGCGUGUGCGUGAGUUCACGAUGGCCGAGAUUGAGCACUACGUCGACCCGCUGGACAAGCGCCACGCGCGCUUCAACGAGGUGCGCGAUGUCGUCCUCGCGCUCCUGCCCAAGGACGUGCAGCAGGAGGGCCGCACGGAGCUGACGCGGAUGACUGUCGGCGACGCGGUCGAGAAGGGCAUUGUCGACAACGAGACGCUCGGCUACUUCCUGGGCCGCACGCAGCUCUUCCUGACCAAGAUUGGUAUCGACGCUGCGCGCCUCCGCUGCCGCCAGCACAUGGCCAACGAGAUGGCGCACUACGCCGCCGACUGCUGGGACUUUGAGAUCCAGUCCUCGUACGGCUGGAUCGAGUGUGUCGGUUGCGCCGACCGCUCGGCUUACGACCUCACCGUGCACGCUGCCAAGACCAAGCAGCCGCUGCGUGUGCAGCAGCGCCUCGACCAGCCCCGUACGGUCGAGAAGCUCGACGUGCAGUACGACGCCAAGGCGUUCGGCAUCAAGUUCAAGAAGGACGCGGCCACCAUCAAGUCGACCCUCGCCGAGAGCGACAAGGAGCGCCUGCAGUGCAUCAAGGACGAGAUGGACAAGGACGGCAAGUCGCUCGUCAAGUGCGCCGACGGCAAGGAGUACGAGCUCACCCCGGACCUCGUCAAGAUCAACCCGAUCACGGUGACCGAGCACAUGCGCGAGUUCACGCCCAACGUCAUCGAGCCCUCGUUCGGCAUCGGCCGUAUCCUGUACUCGCUGCUUGAGCACUCGUACUGGGCCCGUGAGCAGGACAAGGCGCGCGGCGUGCUCUCGUUCCCGCCCCUCGUUGCGCCCAUCAAGGUCCUCAUCGUCGCCAUCUCCAACGACCCCGCCCUCACCGCCGUCAUCCACGACAUCUCCAUCAAGCUCAGGAAACUCGGCAUCGCGUCCCGCGUCGACGACUCUUCCGCCUCCAUCGGCAAGAAGUACGCCCGCAACGACGAGCUCGGCACCCCCUUCGGCAUCACCGUCGACUUUGCCACCGCCAAGAACGGCACCCUCACCCUCCGCGAGCGCGACACCACCAAGCAGCUCAUCGGCUCCACCGAGGACGUCCUCAAGACCGUCGACCAGCUCGUCAAGGGCACUAUCGACUGGGAGGGCGCCUCCAAGGUCCUCCAGGAGUACUCUGGUGUCCAGGACGUCGAGUAG